ACGGAAAAACAAAGGCCAGAAUUCACCUCAAAAGUCGGGAGGAAAAAAGAGCGUUUUUCUCCAAUCAAAAUUUUCACUUCGCCGCACCAAUUUCUUCUUCUUCUUCUCUCACAAAUGCAUCGUAUCCGUUUUCAUAAGACUUCUACUACCUGAAGGAAGAGUUUGAAGCUGCACGUGUCAUUAUUGCUAAAUAAACUCUGCAUCUAGACAAUGUCAGGCUCCGUGAAAGUUUUGGAACCAGCAUUUCAGGGAGCAGGACAAAGAGCAGGGAUUGAGAUUUGGAGAGUUGAGAAUUUCCAGCCAGUUCCUUUGCCAAAAUCUGAUUAUGGUAAAUUCUACUCAGGGGACUCAUACAUAAUCUUGCAGACAACUUCUGGUAGGGGAGGCUCUUAUUUGUUCGACAUACACUUUUGGCUGGGAAAGGAUACUAGUCAGGAUGAAGCUGGAACAGCUGCAAUUAAAACUGUGGAACUUGAUACCAUGCUCGGAGGACGAGCAGUGCAACACAGAGAAAUCCAAGGUCAUGAAUCUGAUAAGUUCUUAUCCUAUUUCAAACCAUGCAUUAUACCUUUAGAAGGAGGUGUUGCAUCUGGAUUUAAGACCCCAGAGGAGGAGGAAUUCGAGACUCGCUUAUAUUUGUGUAAAGGAAAGAGGGUUGUCAAGAUGAAGCAGGUCCCAUUCUCUCGUUCCUCACUAAAUCAUGAUGAUAUCUUCAUUCUGGAUACUAAAGAUAAGAUAUACCAGUUCAAUGGUGUGAACUCCAACAUUCAGGAGAGGGCAAAAGCAUUAGAAGUAGUCCAGUUUUUAAAGGACACUCAUCACAAUGGAAUGUGUAUGGUUGCUAUUGUAGAAGAUGGAAAUCAAGCUGAACCUGAUUCUGGUGAAUUCUGGGAGGUUUUUGGCGGGUUUGCUCCAAUUUUCCGGAAGAUUGCUGGUGAAGAUGAUAUCAUUCCAGAAAAAACUCCUCCUAAACUCUUCUGCAUUUCUAAUGGUCAACUCAGUCCUGUAGAUGGUGGCCUUUCCAAAUCCAUUUUGGAAAGCACCAAGUGCUACUUAUUGGAUUGUGGUGUUGAGAUUUUUGUUUGGGUCGGUCGUAUUACCCAACUUGAUGAGAGGAAAGCUGCCACACAAACUGCAGAGGCCUUCUUUGUCAGUCAAAACAGGCCCAAAUCAGUAAAAAUCACACAGCUCAUCCAAGGUCAUGAGACACAUUCUUUUAAGAUUGAAUUUGAUUCGUGGUCGUCUGGAUCAGCAUCUGAACCUGAGGAAGGAAGAGGAAAAGUUGCUGCUUUUCUGAAGCAACAAGGUGGUGGCAUCAAAGCUUCAAUCAAAAGUGCCCCUGCAAAGGAGGAAGCCCCUCCUCUGCUUGAUGGAGGUGGAAAACUAGAGGUGUGGUGCAUCAAUGAGAAUGCAAAGACUUCAGUUCCCAAAGAAGAUGUUGGUAAAUUUUACAGUGGAGAUUGCUAUGUAGUUCUAUACUCCUACCACUCUCAUCAUGAUAAGGAAGAUUAUUACCUCUGCUGGUGGAUCGGAAAAGACAGUAUUGAGGAGGACCGGAUGAUGGCAGCUGAUUUGGUUACCAAAAUGUUCAAUUCACUGAAGGGGAGGCCUGUUAUGGGUCGGAUAUUUCAAGGGAAAGAGCCACCCCAGUUUGUUGCAAUCUUCCAGUCGAUGGUGGUCCUUAAGUUGCUCUUGUCCGGAUAUCUGGAACAUCAGUCCAUAAUAAUAAAGCAGUUCAAGUUGAUCUGGCGGAAACAUCACUGAACUCUAAUGAAUGCUUUCUUCUUCA